AUAUUUGUUUUGAUUCAGGUGCACUGGAGGUUCAUUAGCCAGAUUUUAGCACUUUAGGUUCCUCUGGACUUGAUAAAGCACUACUCAAAUACCAGUAAUUUAUAUUUACCACUCUAAAUUCUCUGUUAUGUUCUUUUUUUCUUCAGAUGUUAAAGCUGAGUUGGGUUGACUGCAGGAUCCAUUGUCUGCUACAUAAUCCAAGUGUGUUCAAGGUUAAAGAUUUACUGAAACCAGCAACUUGAGGACAAGUUUUACAUGUCACAACAUAGCAAGAAAAAAAAUGUUUCUGUAGAAAUGGGCGUGACCUAAAUACUUGUUAGGAAGUGGAUGAAAGAAUGAACUCACACACUGUUAUUCUCAACCUGCACACAUAUACAGAAUUGACACCAUUUUUCUCCAAAAUGUUGGAAUUUAUUUACAAAAAAUACUUGAGGCAACAAACUGUUUAGCUAGAUUUGCAACAUUCAACUAAAUGAAAGAGAUAAGGAAAACUAAAUCAUUAGAAGUAAAAAACAACAAAUACCAGCUUUAAAACGGGUUAGUUGACUCUUUACUCUUCAGUGACUUACUCUACUAGCAGCAGUCAUGUGACAAAACUGAUUUCUCUAAGAAGAUGUAUAAAAAUGUUGUAUAUUGUAUAAAAAUGUAAAGAAUUUACCAAAGUGGUUCUGCAAACUUGAGCAAAGGAUACCGAAAUAGAGGCUUUGAGUGGCGCAUCAAAGAUGUCCACUGAGUAAGCUGUUAUAUGGUCAGCAUCCAAACAUUUCAUCAAAUACAUUAGAAUGUUGUGUUUCAAAGACUUAAAGGUGCUUCAUUGUCACUAUAAACCUUGAUUUAUUAUUAUCUUCCAAUUUGGUUUGAUUUUGCAUUAGCUCCUGCUAAAAGUGUCAGAUCCUGCUAAUGUUGUUUGCUGUAGCUACUAUAGUAUAUCACAAGAAUGUGAUCUACAUAGCAGAUAGCUGAUCACGCCUGUUUGCUUGAACAGAUAUGUUGUAAAUAACGGCACACGAAAACUUUGAGGCAGUUUGUCUCAAUCCAGGCGUUUUGUGAGCUGUCUCAUCAGCCUCCAUAACUUUGACUACAUUUUAUUUUAUUUUUAACUCUCUGUGAAACAUUGUGAGACUGAGACAAUAUUGGUCAAUUAUUCUUAACAUGUGUUUCAGUUUUAUUGCCAGUUUCACUGCAGCCUGCUAUAAAAAGUUAUCUGACAAUUUUUGACAGGAAGAGCCCUGCUGAAAGGCUCUCAUGGUUGUUUUAAUUUGAGCUGAUAAAUUUAGCUACAGCUGAACUUGAGUUUAAAGAGGAAGUUAUUUAAGUUGUUUUCGUCAACUCCACCUUCAUUUUGUGAGCAGAGCCUCAGAGGAGAAGAGCUGAACUAACUUGGAUCUGGAAGACAAAAUGAAUACAUCCACCUGCACUCAACCCAAUAAGAAAUUAUUUGAACAUACAAUCCUGCCUGCUCUCUACAUCUUGGUGUUUGUUGUUGGAUUGGUCCUGAAUGUAUGGGGAAUGAAGUCUUUGCUUCACAACUGGAAGAAACUUCGGAGUAUUAAUAUUCUUGUUCUCAACCUUGGACUAGCAGACAUUUUGUAUCUGCUGAAUCUCCCCUUUCUCAUCGUUUACUACUUUAAAGGAAACAAAUGGAUCUUUGGAGAUGGAUUCUGCAAGGUAACAAGAUUCUGCUACAACCUUAAUUUAUACGGCAGCAUCGGGUUCCUCACCUGUAUAAGUGCGUACCGGUACCUGGCUGUUGUCCAUCCAAUGAGAGUGAUGGGGAGAUUAACUACGACUGACUCUGUGGUCAUCUCGGUAAUUAUUUGGAUUCUGGUGAGUGUUCAGAGUAUUCCAGACAUGUUCUAUCCAAAAACAUAUCCAAACGGAUCAAAAUGCUUUGACACCACCUCUUAUGAACAUAUUGAGAGUUACCUGGAUUAUACCAUCGCAUGGACAUUCGUUGGAUUCUGCAUCCCUUUUGUCACUUUUGUAGGUUGCUAUGGACAUGUGACUGUUGUUAUCUGCCGUUCAGAUAUGAUGAAAAAAACCCAGAAACGACAAAUCUUAAAACUGAUGGCUCUAGUGAUUCUUCUCUUCUCGCUUUGUUAUGCGCCCUACCAUAUUUUCAAGUACCUCAGCCUGUAUUCCAGAGUUCUGCGUAAGCAGAGAACAUGCCCCAAAUGGGACUCUGGAGUCUUUAUUGCCCGCCAGGUAACCCGUGGUCUUGUGAGCCUACACAAUGCUCUUAACCCGCUGGUUUACCUGUGUCUAUAUGAGGAAAUGGUUUCUCAGUUCAGGCAGCUGCUGAGGGGGGGGCACCAGAUUUUCAGUCGUCGUUUCAAGUCAAAAUCCAGCUCCGUGCCGGUAUCACAGGCUGAGCAAGAAGCUGGAAGUGAUUUAUGACAGCAAGUAAUGUUUUGUCAUGAAUUAAAUUGCAACAAAUAAUGUGAUGUCAAAAUGGUGUAAUCCAGUUCAAUGUGUAAUCUCUUUUUAACCCAUUCAUUGUCAAAAGUAUAAAGUUUUUGAACACGUGUUUGACUCACUGUAGUUCAGAGAAUAGAAUACUUUUCGACCAAAAUGAUGACUGCAGUUCUUUCAACCUUCCACACUAUUUCUUCCUACUGACGAAGUGUAUUUUUGUUUUUGUAUGAACACUGCAUACUUCCUGUUUUAUAAAGUUCAUGGUAAAUUUUUCCAGGAAACCAUGUUGGUUAGUUUAAAGACAUGCUUAAUAAUAAUAUCAAGCAUGUCUUUAGUGAAUCAUACUGCGUAGACUAUGCUGAACGUCAUAGAAAUUUAAAUUGAAGUCUAAAUAACAUGUAAAAAAAAUUCAUUAUAUUAUAAAAGAAUGUAUUGGCUGGUUUUAUGUUGUUUUGUCAUAAACAUUACAUAACAUAUGGACUAUUUUUUUGUCUGGAAUAUAUUUGUUUUAUUACAUCUACUACAAUUGCAUGUAUAACAACAAUACUCACAUUUUAAUUUUUCUUUUUAACAUAUUUUACCCUUAUAUUUUUAAUAUCACCAUUGUAUUGAAGAAAAAAGUUGUUAAGCAUGGUGGUGGUAGCAUCAUACUGAGGUUAUUUUUGCUGCUGGUAAAUUGAACCCUUUCAGAAUUAGAGGAAAUCCAUAACAAAUUCAAGUAUUUGUAGUUAAAAAAAAGAGAAAGUUUUACUGUCCAUAAUCAGUCCAACAUAAAAAGGCUUCAAAUGAAUCUUUGAUUGACUAUGUUUAUAAAUAUGAGUACGUUUGAAUACCUGAUCUUUGUGCUAUUUUAUUUAUAUGUGAAAUAAAAAUGUGAACAAACUUUCAUAUACAGACAGUUUGAGUUCAUAGCUGCGUAAUAGACACACCCAAGUUCCAAAAAAAGAUAAGUGUGUGGUUUAUAAAGUUCAUGGUGAAUUUUUCCAGGAAACCAUGUUGGUUAGUUUACGCGUAAGAAAAUAAUUAUAUUAAGCAUGUCUUUAGUGAACUACAGUGUUAAAAACCAACCUAGGCUUCGCAUUCAAGAUUAGGUUUGAUUAGACUAUGCUGAGCGUCAUAGAAAUUUAAAUUGACGUCUAAAUAAGAUGUUAAAAAAAAUCCUUAUAUUAUAAAAGAAUGUAUUGGUUUUAUGUGGUUUUGUCAUAAACAUUACAUAACAUAUGGAAUAUUUCUUUAUCUGUAAUUUAUUUUUUCUAUGUACUAAAAUUUACAUCUACUAGAAUUGCAUGUACAACAAAACUCAUUUAAUUUUUUUCUUUUUAACAGAUUUUACCCUUAGAUUGGUAAUAUCACUGCUUUGAAGAAAAAGAUUGUAAACAAUGUACCAACUGUUAAGCAUGGUGGUGGUAUCAUAACACUGAGGUUAUUGUUGCUGCUGGUACAUUGGACCCUCUCAGAAUGAGAUUAAAUCCACAACAAAUUCAAGGGAUUUGUAGUUAAAAUGUUAGUUAAAACAAAAGUAUUGCUGUGCAUAACCAGUCCAACAUGAAAAGUCUUCUGAUCAAUCUUUGAUUAAUUAUGUUUAUAAAUAUGACUAUGUUUACAUUUCUGGUCUUUGUCCUAUUUUAUUCAUACUUGAAAUAAAAAUAAAAAUGUGAACAAA